AGAGCCGAGCAGAGCCCUACUCCUGACAGUCAGCAGGCAGCUCUUCCUGUAAUAAUAUCCUCGCUUGUACACUUCUGACCGGCUGCUGGAGUUCCCUUCUUGCUCCCUGGACGCUGGGAAUGGCGUUCAUGGAGAAACCGUCCGCGGGUAAGAUCCUGCUGGACGACACCGUGCCGCUGACAGCCGUGAUCGAGGCGAGUCAGAGCUUGCAGUCCCACACGGAGUAUAUUAUUCGUGUACAGAGAGGUGUGUCCACAGAAAACAGCUGGCAGGUCAUAAGAAGAUACAGUGAUUUUGACAUGCUGAACAAUAGCUUAUUGAUCUCUGGCCUCAGUCUGCCCCUUCCUCCCAAAAAGCUGAUCGGGAACAUGGACCGAGAGUUCAUCGCAGAGAGACAAAAAGGUCUCCAAACCUACUUGAACUUUAUAACAACACAUCACAUCCUGUCCAGCUGCGAGCUGGUCAAGAAGUUUCUGGACACCAGCAAUUACUCAGCAAACUACACAGAAAUUGCCCUACAGCAGGUUUCCAUGUUCUUCAGAUCUGAUCCGAAGUGGGAGGUGGUAGAACCAUUAAAAGACAUAGGAUGGAGGAUACGGAAGAGGUUUUUCCUAAUUAAAAACAAAGAUCAGCCCAAGGAACGUCAAGUCCUUAAUUGGGCUGACCUGGGUCCUGACAAAUUUCUGUCUGACAAAGACCUUCAGUCCACAAUGAAGCUUCUGCCCACUGUGUCACAUCCCUUCAUUUGCCCUGUUACCUUUGCUACAGCGAGCGAGUCCUCGGCGCUGGUGAUCAGGAUGUUCGGCGAGAAAGGCACGCUGAGAGAUCACAUAUGUAAGGCAAAACCAAAAGAGCCUUUCUUGAAGAAGUACUGUAAUCCCAAGAAAAUCCAGGGCCUGGAACUCCAGCAAAUUAGGACAUUUGGAAGACAGAUAUUAGAGGUCCUUAAAUUUCUUCAUGACAAGGGAUUUCCAUAUGGCCACCUCCACGCAUCUAAUAUCUUGUUAGAUGGAGACACCUGCAAGUUGCUAGACAUAGAAAAUACUUUGCUUGGACUUCCUUCUUACUACAGACCUCAUGCAACGCAGUUCAGGAAAAUCAAUACAACAGAAGACAUUGACGUUUACUCUUUUGGGCACUUGCUGUAUGAAAUGACGUAUGGGAGACCUCCAGAUGCGGUUCCAGUUGACUGUUUUCCACCUGCUCCCUCCACGUCCAUAGUGUCUGUGUUGCAAUCCAUCCUCUCCACCGAAGCCUGCAAAGCUGGAAUGCCAGCUGUUUCCCAGCUCUUGCAAAAUCCGCUUUUUAGUGAUAUUCUGUUAUUCAACUCGGAGAGACCCCAAUUCAAGAUUUCAACUAAAUUAAAGGAUGCCUUGAAGAGUGCUAAAGAAAACCUGGAAAGAAGACUGCAGGAAGAACAAAAAAUGAUUCACCAGCACAGGAGACUAACCAGGGCGCAGUCUCAUCAUGGCUCAGAAGAGGAGAAGAAGAAAAGAAAGAUUUUGGCAAGAAAGAAAUCCCGACAGUCGGCAUACGAAAAUGAGGAAGAUCUCUCUAUGAAAUGUAACAACUCAAACAAUUCUGGCUCAGGAGCCAGCUCUCCCCUGACAUCUCCCUCCUCUCCAACUCCACCACCCACAGCAGGAGUGCCGCCAGCACCCCCUCCCCCUCCUCCUCCUCCUCCUCCUCCACUGAAUGAGCCAGGCCUGUGCCAGUCACCCCUCUUGCCUGUGAGUGACCCAGGCCGGGGGGCCCUGCUGGGCUCCAUUCAGAACUUCGCCAAAGGAAGACUGAGGAAAGCCGAAAUCAAAGACCGCAGUAACCCCCUCAUCUGACAGGCUUACACACUGCCCAUGUGGUUCUCACUCUGCUGUCUUGCGUUUCUCUCUUCUGGUAACUGUUGUUCUGUUGACCACUUUUUCCUAGUUUUUUUUUUUGUAAAGAGUGUAAUUACAAAACGUUACUUUUGAUCAACUUGAAUACACUUGUGCCACCGGGGGAAGUUAGGUUACACUUGGGGAGACGUUAAGGAACACUAGCCCGUCGACUGUACUUUACUGUGUGGUUUAGCUGGAGCGCUUUGUGUAUGUGCAGCUUCCAGCGAGAGUGCUUGAGAAUGUGGCCGUUUGGGAGUACUUGAAGCAGUGGAUGUCUAUACAAGCGCUCAGCCAAGGUAUAGCUGCAAAUUAAAAAGGGCGAAACUGAAGUCUCUGUGCUCAGUCACAUUGAAUUUUAUUAACCCCUGUUCCGUUUUUUCCUCAUCAUUGAAUUUCUAAGAAAGCCGAUGUCCUAAGUACACGUAUGUUUUAUAUCAGACAUCCCGUAUCACCUCUGAAGGCACUGAGCCCCUUUUCUUUGCCCUGACAGUGAUUUAUGCUAAAGGAGAAUGGCUUGUUUUUCACUGUUACAUUUCAUUCUUCUCACAAAGGAAAGAAGGCUGCAUAUGUAAAGGGUUCCUGGGUUCUGCCAGAGCCGUGUCAGGCUGAGUGCCAGUUUGUAUUGCCACCAUGAGAAAAAUUAGUGUACCUAUUUCUGGAUUUAAUUCUGGCUUCUCUUGGUGAAGUGUGAUAAAUGCAUCUUUAAAGAUCUCAGCUCAAAGGAUAGGUCAGAAAAAGAAAGGCCCAUUGGGAUGAUCCGGCACAUAUAUGUGUAAUUGGAGUCAUUUUCAGCACUUCUGUGUUUUAUUGAUGUAACCUGGUCACUUCCAUGUAUACACAUUCAGAUAAGCAAAACCCUAUGUUGUACUAAAAUAAUUUUAAAUACAUGAACACAGCAUGUCCUCUUUAAAAUGUAAAUUAAUUAAAAAAAACAACACAAACAGGCCUUGUCAACACCUUAGUGAAAAAUGAAUUUAAACUGCUGUUGUUCAUCCCUUAUUUUCACUGCUGUACCAAGGGGCUUUUAAAACCAACACUUUAAAAUAUAGGAAAUGAAGGGUCCCAGAGGAGUAGAGUUUGAACUGAACUAGCACAAUCCCAUACUCUUCUGUUGUCUCCUUACAGACAAUUGAGUACCAGUAGAAUCCAAUCUUUCACACCACCUUUUCAAAUAUAUUAUACACUGCUGACAGACACUCACAUGUCAAAAGCAGUCUGCUGCUUUUUAGAUCAAGAUUGUUUUUUUUUUAUUUAUUGCAACCUGGUUUUGUUAAAUUAUUGAAUGCUUGCAUAUACAUGUUGCAUAUUCCGUGUUUUAAUUCAUAUGAUACAAGGCAAAGAUGCUUUGUUUACCAAUUAAAAAUGUUUGGUUUUUCCCAUGGGAAGUUCAUUUUUUAGAAAAUUGGAAGGUGUCUUAAUAUCUGCCUCGUUGUGAUUAUAGUAAUCAUAUUGAAAAACUGUGCAACAAGAACAUCAUUCAUUUUAGAUUCAGUUAUAGCAUGUUUCACAAAAUGUAUGUCCAAUACAAAAAUGGAAAAGCUUAAUACUUUUUCACCAACUUAGCUGUUCUUGAUUUUAAUUUCAGCAUGUUGUUUAGCUACUUCCACCAUUAUUGCUUUUCCUGGCUCUUUUACUCGAAUAAAUAGAAAGCAUCUGUGAUUGGUUUUGACAGAUUAACAGGUGUUAUUUUCUGGUUUGAUUGAUGAUCCGUGUGUUCAAAGAAAAUAAAUGAACAAAUUCAAAAUCUCAUUAAGAGUCUUGCCAUGUAGAGGCAAUUAGGGGCAGGUAACCAAACUCCAAAUGACCUGUCUAAUCUACGUCUGACAAUUUGGCAUUGUGCAUCAUGCAAGCAGGCAUGAAUGAUCAUGCAGGAGACUGACAUUUAUAUCACCAAUAGACGUACUUUGCUAAAAAUGGACAUUUACAGUUUUGAGGUUGGUCUAUUCAGUGACUGUACUCUACAAUUCAUGAAUCUAGCCAUUUGGUCCAUGCAUUUUAAGACAGAUUAUAUUGUACUUUAUGUCCGAAAAGCAGAGAUCAUCAUUGCUUCAAGUACAUGUACUGUGUGAGUGCAGAGCUACAGUAUCUAGUUGCAGGCCAGUAUACACAUGCUCUGUUUUGGUGUAAUGAGGUAGUAAAAUUUAGAGCUCUGUUGUAAUAUGUUAAUGAUUUAAUUUGCGGACUACUUUCAUGCUUGUGUUGUGCAUCUGAAAGCAUAACUCCCUAGUGUUUUGUACUUGCAAGAGAGCAAGUGAAUGAUUCAAUUUUGACACAAAAAGUAAAGCCUUAGACUUAUAAAGAGAUGCCCGCAAGUGUUAGUUCUGGGAUUUCCAUUCAUUGGCAUCAUUGGGAAGCCUUAAAAAAUGCAUGUUAGUCUUGAUAUUUUUCUGACCUACUGUAUAAGCAACUUAUUCUUUUUUAAUUGAUUUUUUUAUAUUUUGCUUUGGAGUUGGGCACCUGGCAAAACAAGCCAUUCUCUUACAGCAUACAUUUGGACUGUGGUUCAGUUUAGAGUUCACCUUCUAACUUUUCUUGGGGAAAUGUAACAAAGUGCAUAAAAAUGCCAUUUUUGCAAACCUUUUUGUGAUGUAUUUUUUGUCACAAGUGCUUAAGAUAUUUUUCUUCCUUAGAAUUAAACAUUUUAUCUAUAAUUAUAUAGAGAUUAUCAUUGUGAUGUAUAUAUGUACAAAUCUUUCAUGUACCUGUGGAAAAAAAAUCUGUCAGACUAUUUUAUUAAAAUAAUGGAUGAACCUU